UAAUAGAAUAUGACCGAAUAGUAAUCAAACAUUUUAUUAAUUAUCAGUCCAUUUCCAUCCUUACUCAUUUCCAUCCUUACUUAUGGUUGAGGAGAAGGAAACAUGAGUGAAGUUCUUUAUUUAUUGGCAGUAGGAAGUUUGAUGUAUGUGAUGAUUUGCACAAGGCCAUAUAUAUGAUCAUGUAGUUGGUAUGGUUAGCGGGUUCUUAUCCAAUCCGGGUAAAGAAUAUUGGAACGUGGUGAAGCAGAUAUUGAGGUAUCUCUAGGGCACUUAAGGUUGGAAAUAAAGUUAAAAAAAUGACGAGCCUAAGUUGAUUGGAUACGUGGAUUCUGAUACAGGUGGAGACGUAUAUAUAGAGUGACAUCUACCAUAUAGAGUGAAAUCUACUAAUAGAGCGCUGAGAUGGGAAAAUUUUGCAGUAUCCUGAUAACUAACACCAACUCUGAAUUUUCUAAUGCCUAUAGGUGACUUGUUCUUCCGGAUAACAUGUUGCUUCUCCUGAGUUGGCAUUGUGAAUUGUUUUCCUUCAAAAGGCACCCUUAUUUCCCCCCAGUAGAAAGGCACUUGCCGACAAUGGUAGUAGGGUCUGUUGUGGCCAUUUGCCAGUAUGGCGGGGAGUUUGUCACAAAGAGUGAUGGAUCUCUGUCUUAUACUGGAGGAGAUGCUCGUGCUAUUGACGUUGGACGUGACAUGCUCUUAGAGGAUUUCAAGUCGGAGAUAGCUUCAACAUUUGAAAUUGACAUCAGCGGUAUGUGUAUUAAGUAUUUUCUCCCGAGCAACAGACGAGUUCUUAUUACAAUAUCUAAUGACAAGGAUCUGCAAAGAAUGGUCAAUUAUAAUACUCAAGCUAUGUCGUCAAUUGAGGUGUUUAUCUUAAAUAAGGUUGACAACAGGGCAACAAGUAAUGCUUUAGCUGGUUCUGGAACCUCAGAUGCUGUGGCACAACAGAAUGGCAAACGGAAGAGACAAACAUCGGCAACCAGGACACCGAAAACAAAGUUACAGGUAACUGAUUUUCAUACUCCUGUUGCUGUUAACAAUGUCCAUGCAAAUGAUGUUGACAACAUUAGACAAAUGGGACCAACAAUUACCGGAAAUUUUGCCAACAGUGCGCCUGAACUCAUGGUCGCCAACUCUUCUGUGCCGAUUUUCACGACUCCCCCUGCUAGUGCAGAUUAUUUUGCACAGCGGGGAAUAACAACCCUUGAUAAUUUUGGCGAGAGGGAAAGUAGCAGUAUUCUAGCUGAUCCAAGCACCCCUAUGGCUGCAACUCUGGCUAGUUCUGAUGAUGCCAGACCUCUUAACAUGACCACUCUUUGGGAGGAUGUCAUCACGGGUGUAGGGCAAGAAUUUGACAAUGUGAAGGAGUUUCGUGGUCAGUUAUGUAAAUAUGCCAUCAGUAAAGGUUUUGUCUACAAAUUUGUGAAGAAUGAAAUUACCCGUGUGACCGUAAAAUGCAUCGAGGAGAAUUGUCCAUGGAGGAUACAUGCGUCUGAGUCAUCACAAAAGCAAAAGUUUGUGAUCAAGAAAAUGAACAAUGAACAUACAUGUGGUGGAGGUAACGGGAAAGAUGGUCAACGGAGAGCAACGAGGCAAUGGUUGACAAGUAUUCUCAAGGAAAAGUUACAAGCCUCUCUACCGUGUAAACCCAAAGAGAUUGUAAGAGAACUUUAUGAGGAUUAUGGAGUGAGCUUGACUUAUUCACAAGUUUGGAGGGGUAGAGAAGAUGCACAGAAGGAGCUCUAUAGCAUGCUCAAAGAGACAUAUAGUCAAUUGCCAUGGUUGUGUGAAAGAAUAUUGGAGACAAAUCCGGGCAGUGUUGCCCUGCUCUCUGCAAGUGUUGAUUCAAAGGUUCGCCGUUUCUUCGUUGCGUUUCACGCGUCACUUCAUGGGUUCGAGAAAGGUUGUCGCCCCAUCAUUUUUCUCGAUAGAAUCCCUUUGAAGAUGAAUACUCAGUGCAAAGUAUUGGUUGCUGCUUCAGUUGAUGGUGAUGAUGCUAUUUUCCCCUUGGCAUUUGCUGCAGUGGAGGAUGAGACUUAUGAUACUUGGUCAUGGUUCUUAUCACAGUUGAAGUAUUCUGUAGGAGUAUCUCGUGUUAUUACCUUUGUCUUAAACAGGCAGAAGGGGUUAGAUGUUGCACUAGCUCAAGUAUUCGAGGAAAGUCACCACAGCUAUUGCUUACGACAUCUCAUAGAUGAGUUCAAAUUUGAGCUAAAGAAAGGCCCGUGGUCACAACAAGUUAGAGAUAACAUGGUUGACGAUUUUAUACGUGCUGCCCAAGCCUGUACUAUCGAAGAUUUCAAUAUGUCCAUUGAGAGCAUUAGAAAUGUUUCAUCUGAAGUUGCUGAAUGGGUUCUGAGCAGCAAGCCUGAAAACUGGUCGGAUGCCGUUUUCAGAGGCUCAAGAUACGACCACUUGUCAUCAAACAUUGUGGAUUCAUUUACCAACUGGAUACCUGUGAAAUCUGAGUCAUCUAUUGUACAAAUAGUCGAAGCUAUUAGAAAUAAACUAACGGAGACGAUGGAGAUGAGGAGGGAGGCUUCUAGUGGGUGGCUGAGCACGCUGACACCAUCAAUGGAGCAGAAGUUGGAGAAGGAGUCAUCAAAAGCACGAAAACUCAACGUUCUAUGCUCAUCAGAGACAGUGUUUGAAGUUCGUGGAAACACUAUCUACGUUGUCAAUCUUGGAAGCUGGGAAUGCACGUGCCGGAGAUGGCAGAUAUCUGGAUUGCCAUGCCAGCAUGCUAUUGCAGUAUGCAAUCGCGUUAACAGGUCCGUGUAUGAUUAUUGUUCGAAGUAUUUUACGACGGAGUUUUAUCAUGCGACAUAUUCAGAAUCGAUCAUACCAAUACCCGGCGUCGAAAGCAUUGAGUUCAAUAAUGGCGCUAACUUAUUCCCUCCUCCUGCUCGGCGCAACCCUCAACGACCAAGGAGGAAGAGGUUUAACCCUAAUAAGAUUGUGACCGUGGUUCGGCUAUGCAGCAGGUGUAAAGGAGCAGGACAUAAUAAGGCAACCUGUGAAGCGUUUUGUUAGAUGGCGCACUAUAUUUAUGUAUGUUAGGUGUAACUUUAGGCUUCGUAUGCUUAGGUUUGAACUGGGAAUUGUAUCCUUCCUGGUGUUUUUAUCUAGGCCUUGAUUUGCAUGCUAUACUAUAAUGGUAACGAAUCAUUUAGUGGUUUGGCUGAGUGCUCCCUUGAAUGUUGUGUUUCUGUGGAUGAGCAUUUGGUGAGAUGAAUAAAUGUUUAGGUGCGGCUCUAGCCGAA